AUGUUAGACACCAUAGGUUCUUUGGAUGAUCUUCCAAUAUAUUCAUUCCUCUUUCCGAAUGAAAAAGGGUCUAGUUUAUAUAAUGCUUAUGACCGUGAUAAGGUAGAAAAUAAAUUAGUCAUUAAAAUUGACCAAGAUGAUCGAGCUCCAAAGUUUUCUGUUGCAGAUGAGAUUUCAGAAGUAUAUGGUUUGCCCGGGAUUCAUGAAUGUAUUAAUGGUCAAAAACCUUUAAGAGCCGUAAUCGAUAUCGAUGCUACACAUGAUGAUAUGAAAGCAAAUGAUGUUAAUUGGGAAGACAUUCUCAAAGAAUUGGUAAUCGCUACAUCAUCAGACCCUAGCAAGUGUAGUUACCAUAUUUUAUAUGCACCAGUUCUACUUAUUGAUCAUCACGAUCUCAAAGCAUUCACAGAAUUGGUAUAUACCUUAACAGAUGAAAAAUAUGGGCUUGAAGUAAGACCUCGAAUGCUAAGUACAGAAAAAAAUGAUAAUCCGCUAAGAAUAUCUGUAGGUCAGGAUGUAUUACAGAAAUUCGCCAAUCUAGUUUUGCAAAAGUAUUCUAACUAUCUUAGGGAUUGGACUAUCGAAGAAAAGGAAGAGACGAAAGAAAACUUUGUAUAUUUUAGCCGAAAAGCUCCACUAGAGUGUCCAUUCUGCAAACGUAUACAUGACAAGGAUCAGCGGUGGUUCAGUCGUGUAUAUGCUAGAAGUGGUGAAUUCAUCGUAAAAUGUUUUCAGCAAAAUAGUGAUGAGCACGGGGAAGUUUUUGAAUACGACCCAUCUAUUGCAGAAAAAAUUCAGCAAGAAAAUAAAAAUUUACCACUCGAGGCAACCUUUCACAAGAUAAAGGGUCCAGGAUUUCCUAAAGCUUUCGUAAAAAUUCCAACAUGGGUCAAGUAUAAUGAAACCCUUACGGCUACAGAAAUAUAUAAAGAGAGAUAUGUAAGACCAUUACCCAAUGAAAGUGAUAUUUAUGUAGGGUCACCUUGGGAAACUGGAAAAACCUAUGUUCUUGAAAAUCUUACUAUAUCUGAUGAUGUAAAUUUGCUAGUAUUAUCCACGCGUCACUCUUACUCAAAUGCUGUUACUACAAGGCUUAAUCUUAAGUCUUAUUGUGAUAUCGAUGGUAAUAUAAAUUUACCUGAUCAUAAGAGGGUAGUAUGUCAGAUAGAGAGUUUAUACCGUAUUACUAAUAAUUGUAAAUGCGAUAAAAAAUGCAAAUGUCCUCCAACCCAAUAUGAUUUAUGGCUUGAUGAAAUAGUAUCUAUAAUUGUUCAGGCACAAAGUCGUUUAGCAGGGCAAUCGAUAGAGAAAUUGUAUAAACUAAUUCAAGAAGCGAGACAUAUUAUCGUUAUAGAUAAGAUAAUGAUCUUACCGAUCUUAAUAUCGAAUGGAUUAAAGCUCUUCGCAA